AUGAAGAUCGAGGUGGCGCCAGUGCGCAACGCGAGUGGCGCGCCGACGAAAAAAUCGUUCAUCGAUGCAGACUUUGCUGUAGAUAAGCAGGAUCGCAAGUCAAUCACCGGCGGCGUUGUGUGA